CGCUUAGGUCUCGUGUUUUUCGUUUUGGGGGGAAGUAUAAAGCGAAGUUCUGUGAUCUUUCUGGGUUGCAUUCAUUGAUUUUUGGAGAAGUUUUGAUUUGGUUCUGAAGGUGUUCUGCGGAUUGUUGAUGGCUGCCGGGCAUAGCUUCGAUCUAUGGCAAAAAGAUGUGUUUUUCUCGGCGGCUGAGGAGGUCCAGGAAUCGGCAGAUACAAUGGAAUCAAUGUAUAGGAUGUGGUUGCGAAGCCAUAGUGAUGGAUUUAGUUUUGAUGAUUUCAAUGAUUUGCGAAGGGAUCUCCACGCUGCUCUUGGUACUGCUAAAUGGCAGUUGGAGGCGUUUGAGAGAGCAGUUAGUUUGAGUCAUCAGAGUUUAUCUUCAGAGGAUGCAGCUAUUAGUAGGCGGCAACAGUUCAUAAAUACUAUCAAGAACCAAAUUUCUUGUGUGGAGAAGGCGUUGAGUGAUUCGCAUAUCGAAGGAGAGAAGCAUCCGUUUUGGUUGGUGCAAUUAGAUGAGGGGGAAAGAGAUGAUCUUGCGGCCUUUCUUUCAGCAGAUACCAGGACAUUGCAUGAGUCUAAGGUUGGAAAACAUGUGAAGUAUGCAGAAGAGGUGUUACCAGCUCGAGUAGAGAUGCCAAAUGGUCAAAAGACGACAUCUUGUUCUCCUGACGGGGAUUCUUGGAAGAUUUUAAUUGCUGAUGAUGAAGAUGCAAAACCUAUGCCAUGUAGUCGGCCGUCUAGUCUACGUGGUUUCAUAAGGAAUGUUGGAUCAGCAACGAGAUCAAACUGGCUCAGGAACAGCUUCCCGAAAGUAAAGAGCGAACAGGAUCACCAGUCAAAGCCAGGAGCCAUUGAUUUGAGAGGAAUUAGUCGGUUUGCACAGCACGGAAUGAAUAGUUUAACUGACAGAGGCCGGAGUUGUUUAAGUAAUUGCAGAACUGAUUCUAAAGCUUCUGAUGCCGAACAAUUUGUUGGAAAGUUCAGUGGGCUUCGGAGGCAUAUAGAGGGCUCGUAUGGUCGUUCAUUUCAAAUAUUCUUAUUGCUCUUGCUGAGCAUAUUUUUAAUCGUGCCGAUUGUUUUUUACUGAUUUCCAUGCUGCUGGUUGAAGCAACAAUAGGAAAAUUUGUCGGCUUUUUCAGCAUAUGAAAAUGCGAAUCAGAUAAUCAGGUCACAUAAACUUGUGAAAUCUUGAUGAAAAGAAGAAAGAAGAAAAGAAGACAUCAAACAUCAUUAGAAAUCAUUCAGAGCUUUAAUUUUAGAGCAGCUCACUUCAUAAUUGUUUGUCAAACGUUAGAUAUCAGAUUCUCUUUUUUCAUGUAUACCUAGGAAAAAAAAUGAAACCCAGUGUAUCUCCAAGGAAUUUCAUAAUUGCAUAUAUGUUAAAAAAAAAAAAGAUACAUUUUCUGGGUUUAUUUGAAAUACUUGCUUCACCUAUUGACAUUGUGAUUUAUUAUUACAUAAUA